CUCUCAUGCACCCCAAGAACCCAUACAACGACGCACGGCCUGACUUUGCCGUGCUCGCUGGCAAGUAUGCCGAGCUCAAGCCGUUCGUGCGCGGCAACAACAUCGACUUUACCGAUGCAGCCGCCCUGCGUGCUCUCACGACUGUGUUGUUGAAGGAGGACUUUGAUCUGGACGUCCGGUUGCGCGAGGACAGGUUGUGCCCGACAGUAGCCAACCGCCUCGACUACGUCCUUCUCUGCCUCGACCUCGCAGGCCCCGGCCCCGUCCGUGCCAUUGACAUCGGGACGGGCCACGUCGCAAUUUACGCGCUUCUAGUGCAUCGCCUGCGUCCGGACGUGCACAUGACCGCGACCGAGCUGGACGCGACGUCACUCGCGCACGCGCGCGAGACGGUGGCCGCGAACAAAGCGGGUGGGAGCAUCAACGUCAUUGCCGCGCCCGAGGGGCGCAUCUUCCCCCUUCCUGCGGCGGGGGAAGAUCUUGACGGUGCAGAGUACGCGUUCACGAUGUGCAAUCCCCCGUUCUUCGCAUCGGCGGCGGAGGUGGAAGCAAGCCGUGCGCGCAAGGCCGGGCCGGCACCAGCGGCGCCGACGGCCGCCGCAAACGAGGAAGUCACGCGCGGCGGGGAGGAGGCGUUUGUCGGUGCCAUGAUCGCCGAGAGCCGGGGUCUGCCCGUGCGCUGGUUCACCUCGCUUGUGGGGCGGUACGAGAGCCUGCACGCGCUCGUGCGGCGCGUGCGCGAAGUCACGGACAACUACUAUGUUGUGAGCUUGCGGCAGGCGCGGACUGCGCGCUGGGUGCUGAUUUGGGGGUACGGAAAGGAGCGGCUGCCAGAUAGCAUGACGCGGCCGGCCAUGCUCGACCCCACGACGAGCUUUGCCCGCCUCCUCCCGCCGCCAAAUACGUUCUCGAUCAAGCCUGAUCCGCCACGGACGCGGGCGGAGAUAGCGGGGGUGGUGUUCAGGGCGCUGGAGGAGUGUGGGCUGUGGUCUGGGGCGGGGGCGCGAGGGGGUGCGGCUGCAACCUGCGGGGGGAGCGGGAAGGAGGGCAUAGGCGCUGCGUCGAGCGAGACGGAGCCAGCGGCGGCGGCUGAAGAAGCAGGAGCACCAGAAGUCGUGGAGUCGAGCCGGAGAAAUACUGGCGACGCCGCCGACGACCGAGUCGAGCGAGCCCCCGAUGACCGAGCCUCCGACGACCGAGCCACCGACGAUCGAGCCACCGACGAGCGGGCCAUCAAAGACGGGGCCGACGAGGCCAUCUCCACCGAUGAUCAACCCCACGCCCACGACCCCAUCACCCUCGCCCCAAUGGCCAACACAUGGUCCCGCGCCGCCCGACGCGCCGCACAACGCGGCGAAGCGCCGGCGCUUGCAUCCGAGCCGCUCUUCCGCGCGCGACUGCGCAUCACUGGCUCCGACGCCGGCGAGGUGUCGCUUGACUGGGAGUGGGGCGAGCGGGAGGCGGUGGACGGGUUCUGGAAGUAUGUGUUGAGCAAGAGCGGGCUGUUGAAGCUGCUGUUUUCUCGCAUCUAG